GCCGGGCGGCGCGGGGUGAUGGCGGGCGGCGGGCGGGACGGGCGGCGGGAGGGCCGCGGCCCCUGAGGCUCCGCCAUGUACUCGGCUGCUGCCGCCGCCUCGCCGCCGCGACGGGAUUUCAUCUCCGUCACCCUCAGCCCUGAGGAGGCGGUGGGGGGUGGCGGCGGCUACAACAACAGCAAGGCCUGGAGGAGACGCUCCUGCUGGCGGAAAUGGAAGCAGCUGUCUCGACUGCAGAGGAGUGUCAUUAUCUUCCUGUUUGCUUUCUUGGUUGUCUGUGGAGUCAUUUCCUACACAAGCAUGGAGGAGCCAUGGAAAAGUCUAACAAGCAAACCAUUGGAUGAUCAGAAACCAGAACCAGAAAUUCCUGGAUUAAAGCUGGCAAAUCCAGCCGUCCUACCAGCACCCCAAAAAGCAGAUACCAACCCUGGGGACUACCCAGAGCUGUCACCACAGAAGCCACCCAAACCACCUCAUAUUCGGCGUGGUCCUUCCAAUCUGCAGAUCAAGGCACCCCGGAGAGAUGUGUGGCUGAAAACCAGACAUGAUCCAAGCAGAGUCACAGAAGAGCUGGUCCAAGCUGAUAAGGAAGAGAAAACUGAGAAAUCUGUUAUCAGCUGGAGAGGAGCAGUGAUAGAACCUGACCAAAGCACCGAACCUCCGUCUCCUAAAACCAAGGAUCUAGAAAAACCUUCAUCUGUGGAAGCUGAAGACCUGAAGGAGCCAGUGCCCAUAAACGAACGGCAGCUGGCUGUGAUCGAAGCCUUCCGCCACGCAUGGAAAGGGUACAAGGACUUUGCCUGGGGCCAUGAUGAGCUGAAGCCUCUGUCCAAGUCCUACAGCGAGUGGUUUGGACUUGGGCUUACCUUGAUUGAUGCCUUGGAUACCAUGUGGAUUUUAGGCCUAAAAGAAGAAUUUGAAGAAGCAAGGAAGUGGGUAGCAAACGAUUUGAUGUUUGAUAAAAAUGUGGAUGUGAACCUCUUUGAGAGUACCAUUCGGAUCCUGGGAGGCUUGCUGAGCACCUAUCAUCUGUCUGGAGACAGCCUCUUCCUGGAAAAAGCUAAAGACAUUGGGAACAGGCUGAUGCCAGCAUUCAAGACCCCUUCCAAGAUACCAUAUUCUGAUGUCAACAUUGGUCGUGGCACUGCACAUCCCCCUCGCUGGACAUCUGACAGCACUGUGGCAGAGGUGACAAGUAUCCAGCUGGAGUUUAGGGAGCUGACUCGUCUCACUGGAGAUGAGAAAUUCCAGAAAGCUGUAGAUGAGGUGAUGAAACAUGUUCACACCCUCUCAGGGAAAAAUGAUGGGCUGGUGCCUAUGUUCAUUAACACCAACAGUGGGCAGUUCACUCACUUGGGUGUCUAUACCCUGGGAGCCAGAGCUGACAGCUACUAUGAGUAUUUGCUGAAGCAAUGGAUUCAGGGUGGAAAAAAAGAAAAUGAACUCUUAGAAGACUACAUGAGAGCCAUAGAAGGAGUAAAAAAGCAUCUUCUUCAGAGAUCCCAACCCAGGAAGCUCACAUUUGUAGGAGAGCUUGCUCAUGGCCAUUUCAGUGCCAAGAUGGAUCACUUGGUUUGCUUUUUGCCUGGUACUUUGGCUCUGGGAGCUCACAAUGGACUGACUGCUGAUCACAUGAAAUUAGCUGAAGCCCUUAUCAAAACCUGUUACCAGAUGUAUUCUCAAGUAGAGACAGGCCUGAGUCCAGAGAUUGUUCAUUUCAAUCUUCAUGCACAAAAGGGCCAGAAAGAUGUGGAAAUCAAGCCUGCAGACAGGCACAACUUACUACGACCAGAAACUGUGGAAAGCCUUUUUUAUAUGUACAGAUUCACUGGUGAUAAGAAAUACCAAGACUGGGGCUGGGAAAUCCUGCAGAACUUCAAUAAAUACACACGGGUUCCUACAGGUGGUUAUACUUCCAUUAACAACGUCCAGAAUCCCAGUAAUCCAGAGCCACGUGAUAAGAUGGAGAGCUUCUUCCUUGGGGAAACACUCAAAUACAUGUUUCUGCUGUUUUCAGAUGACAUAGACUUAAUCAACCUUGACAAAUAUGUAUUUAACACAGAAGCUCAUCCACUCCCUAUCUGGGUGCCAGCUUAGACUGAGUGUCAGGAGACCUUCCAAUGGUGGCACUUUUAUCUUCAAGUCACUUUACUUUUCAGGGUUUGAGGAGAGAUGCUAUAUUGCACCUUUUUUUUUGGCUGAAAACAAAACCUUUGGGAAAGUGUCUCUGCUUUGGAGAAGUCAUGUCAGUCUUAAAUCUAAUCCCUUGUUUUGGGGUGGACAAACUGUGCCCUUCUAAGCUGGUUUUCCUGGUAUUGAUGAGGUUCAGAGAAUAAUUAUAGCUUGGACCAUGACAUUCAUGGGGCUCUGGUGAACCAGAACUCACUUCUGUCACUCUUACUAAACCCUCAUUAAAUAUCAGGAAUGCAGCAAGCUGUCUUACAGCACAGGAUUGUCCCUGGAGAGAAUAAGCCUACAGGUCUCUGGCUUAUUCUGGAUUCACUCAGUUACAGUGCCAUUUCUUCAAAAGAACAUGUAGUGUUUCAGGUGGCAAAUCAAUAAAAAAACUGUAAUGUUGUCUCAGAUAGAAGCAAAGCUGUCAGCAUUGCUACUGAUGCUCUGAUCUCAUUCCAAACUACCAAGCUGUACUGCAUCCCAUGAGAAGGAGAAAUGGCAGCAAUGCAUCUGUUGGACAGUGUCUUAGUUCUGUGGAGCACUUUGAAGAAGCUGUUGAAGCUGAAAUGAAUGAUGGAAGAGAAUUUGCUGCUGGUUUGGCUCAAAGUGGUUUAUAGUUUUGUAUAGGUAUUGCAGUUUUUUAACUUAUCUGCAGGAAUGCAGGAGAUAAUGUGAAACACAAGUGAAACUACACAUGCAUUUUAUAUAUUAUUUGCAUCACUUAGACUCAGGUAUUCUGACUGAAAGCUGCUUUCUGAGGUUGGGAAAGCUUGUGAGCACAUAGAUAGAAUUCUAAGUCAGCUCCUUCCAUCUCUCCCUGCCCAGAUAUUGCAUUGUAAGGUGUUAGGUGGCUCAAAACAAGCUCACAGCUGUACAGCAGAGUUCAUGUUAUUCAGCCUUUUUUGUUCCCUGGGGAAAGUUUCAACUGUUUGGGUUUUUUUUUGGUUGGUUGGUUGUUUUUUUUUUCCAUUAGGAGUACUUUGGGUAGAAAUAUUUCAUUAUUACUAUUAAAAGCUGGCAGUCUAAAUGGAUUACAACAAGUCCUUGUCCAAAUAGAAUUAGUGAAAUCUGUUCACUUGCUUGAAGACAAACCAGACCCAGGUUUUUUAAACAAUCUUAUGGGAGCCCUGGAAUCUCUCAUUUUUAUAUGUGCAAAUAGAUUUUUUUAAACCACAAAUUUGGAAAUCAGCUUUCUGUAGUAAUUUUCCUUUUGGUUUUGUAGCUACUUGGGCAGUUUUCUGUAUUCACAGAUAAAUUCUCAGAAAUGUUCUUGUUCCUAUUUUUUAAACAGGUUUUUCUCACUAAAAUGUUCUUUUCCCCUGGCAUUAAUGGGAGCAGCCAGAAGCAUGCAGGUGCCUGGUAGCAAUGGUGAGGUACAGUUCCCUCUUAAUCUGGGGCUGCUAAAUGGAACCAAUUAAAUCUGAUUGUAAUGGGUAAUUAAAGUGGUUGAAGGGAGUAUAUGUAUCUUAAAUAUUUGUAACCUUUGAUUUGUAUAGUAAGAUGCAUCUUUGUUUUAUGCUGAUCAGUUCUGUUUGCUGGAGUCAGAAGUAACCCUUGGGACCACUCUAGAAGUACUUUAAAGAAUAUUUAUCAUUCCAAGAAUAUUUAUCAUUUCAUAAGCCAGUGAUGGCUUAUGGAAAUGGAGACAUUUUACAGAUUAUUGAUGACAGAAAAAAGUGCAUUUAAAAGGGGAUUUGCAAGACAUGAGAAGUUUGUGCAGAAUGUUAAUGUUUCUCCAGUUCUCAUGGCACCAGUAACCCUGGAAAUGAGUUGUGUGCAGUGGGAUCCUGUAGCUGUACUCUUUGUCUGCACAACUGAUUUGUUCCCCAGAUUUGUUUUCUUUGACCUAACAGUGAAGGAGGAAAAUGCUUUUGAAAUGUGGGAGGAAACACCUUCAGUGUUUUUCUUUGUGCAUUGGGUUCAUGUUACUGAGGAGCUGAGCUUCAGCUAAAAGCUGAAGGCUUAAACCUGGAGUUUAAAAAACAAAAUAAAAUUCAGUGAGUUUGCCCCCCCCAGGCCCUUCUGACCUGUGUUGCUUUGGCCUUGUGCCUUUGAUUGAAGCUCAUAUUGAACUCUUAAUUAAUUAAUGACUUUGCUAUAGAGUGUAAAACUUGCAGAGUUUGGUGUUUCAUCUGUCUGGCAGCCCUACUGAGGAGACAGAUAUGUCUUAGAAAGUGGAAUACAUAUGAAUUUUUACCAAAAAAAAAAAAAUCUUCUGUUGUUGAAGUCUUACAAUAGUCUUAAUAUUGUUGACUCAAGAAAUGAGACUGUGGGAGUCUGAGUUUCUUUUUUUUUGCCUUUGGCUUGAGAGUAAUAAUCCAUUUCAUAAUGAAUUGAAGGAAGGAGAGAAUAAACCUUCACUUUCUCAAACACACUUCUUGUCUUUUAGCUGAACUUCUUGGUCCAACUGUUUUCUUUUCUACCUAAUUCUUCCUGGGAAACUGAAUCUGUUUGCAAAGUGGCAAUUUGCUGUCCUCUUCCUUUAAACCUGAGGUUAAGAUUGUUCAGCUCUACCUGUGAGAACAAAUGCUUGUUUCCAACUCCUGAAUCCCAUGUGAAAUUACAUGAACCUAAAUAAGUUAGAAAGAGCUCAUCUGCUUCUUCCUGUUCUUUUGCAGAUGUCACUUCAACUGCUUAUUUAUUUUUACCUCUUUAAUUAAUGUUGUGUCAGAUUGGUCUCAGCUUCACAGCCCCUCUCAGUUCCAGCAAAACAACAUGCACAUCUUUGAAGAAUUUUCUUUGGUGUACUCUGCAAUCCUUUGACCCAAAACCUUAGCUGUAGGGGGCUGUAAUCCAUCAGCACUAAUUCACUUCUGCUACUUCAGUCCAAUCUUGUGGCAAGGCCAUUCAGCCACUGGUUCUGUCCUUUUGCACAAAGAGCUGCCUUGGUUUUGCUCCAAGAACUUCAGUGCCUUCCCUAAUUAAAAUCAAACAAAAUGACCCCAGCCCCAGCCAGCUGUACAGUUCACUGAUGCUUUCACUGAGAAAUGGAUGUAUGGGCAGAGCCAUGGGGUAUUGCACGGACUUGGAAGUCUCACACUGGGCUUUAAGCCACAGUUCAGAAAAAAAAAAAUACAAACCUGUUUGCUCAAAGAAAAUCCAGUAGAGGGAUGGAGCCACAGAUCACAUCUGAUCUCUGAACUUUUAUGAAGUGAAGUCUCACUAUAGGUCUUAGAAACUGACAUUUUUGCAGGGUACAUGGUAUUUGCUGGCAGGGUCCCCACCAUUUUCCUCAUGGUUUUCUGUCAGCAAGGUUUUCAGCAAGACAUGCCAAAUGCAGGUACCAGCUGUAUUUACUCCUCCAAAGAAUCUGCUUUCUUCCCUGCUCUGUAUAAACCAGUUUUAGCAAACCUGAAGCCUGAGGUCAGUAGGAGCAAAAGGGGGGCUGAUGGCUCUUGGCAGAGGUUUUCAUCAGCACAGAGAAGGUCUGUGGAGGAUGUAGUUUGGCUUAAAGCAUUUUUCUUUGGGGGAAUUGGACUAAUCAGGCCAAUGUUGCCCAUCAUUUGCAAGAUCUGGUAAGUGGAGAUCUUUUCCUGCCCUUCCUACAUUCCUCAGUGUUGGGGGGGGGGCUGAAGCUUUGGCUUUCUGUACUUUAAGAACAGGGAAGAGGUAAGCACAUUGUGUGCCAUAAAACCUUCUGUCAGCCCCUGAAUUCUGUGGAAUAACAUGAGUGAGUGACAUUGUAGCUCUGGGAAGCAAUCCCACAGUUAUGGUAGGGAGGCCCCAGCAGUGCAGUACUUCACACAAAGCCUUGUGUUUAAGCAGUGUAAAAGGUGCUGAAGCAAUGCUUUGACUUUGCCUGUGUAACAUAAGCCUUUGAUGAUUAGGAGGCUUCUCUGUGAACUUGUAAAA